AUGUGCCUGUGGCUUUUGACAGCUUGUUUUGGGCUUUUGCCUUCUAGCCCAGUUAUAGUUGUACCAGGUGUACCAACACCUAUUAUACAACCUACAACAGCACCGACUACUGCUGUUACGAAUGCUACGACAACUACUGCGCGGCCAACAAUGGCCCCAACAACAGCCCCCACACCAGCACCAACACCAGCGCCCACGCCCGCUCCAACACCAGCGCCCACACCCGCGCCAACAACAGCGCCCACACCCGCGCCAACAACAGCCCCAACACCUGCGCCAACAACAGCACCUCCAACAAUGCCACCUACAACAAGAAAUGGUAAUAGUUCCAACGUUACGGAAAACAUAAUCUCAUCGUCCACUACAACAGCAUCACUAACCAUCAUAACUAAUCCAAUGCCAACCUCGACCUCAACUAACCCACCGACGACAAGUGGAGAAAAACUGCCCGUUUUGCUUUGUAAUGAUCCUGAUGUGAUAUGUGUCUUUAAUCCUGAUGAAAACGCUGCAGGCUCGUUCCCGAUUGAUCCACGUCUUGGCACAACACCAUCAGCAGCGCUGCAAUCGGCUCAACCCCUAAUAGGUUACAGUGGUCAAAUAUCAUCUUUGGACUCCGCAGUCAGAUUUCCAAGAGAACGUAGAAGCGUAAACGUAAAAAUGUCAGAAAAAGACUCGUUUAAAAAGCCAAACUAUAUAGAUCCUCCUAAGCAUCAAAUUCGUAAGAGGCAAAGUUGUCGUUGUGUACCCGCUGGAACUUGUACAUCAGGGGGGGCUGGUAUGAUCGACUUCAGGAUCGUAACUCCUGUAAAUGCGUGUCCUGCUGGUCAAGUAUACUGCUGUGGAGAUACGACCGCAGUUACAGUACGUUGUGGAGUGGUACAAGCUGCUCCAUCAACUGGUGUUACUCCAACAGCGGGGCAAGCUAAUUUUGGAGAAUAUCCCUGGCAGGCGUUGGUUCUUACAAAACAGAAUGAUUAUAUUGCUGGUGGCGUGCUUAUUGAUCAAUUGAAUGUAUUGACAGUGACACAUAGAAUGAUGCCAUAUGUUGUUUCAGGUACAGCGCCUAAUGUGAAAGUGAGAUUGGGAGAAUGGGACGCUGCAGGCACAUAUGAACCAGUACCUUUCCAAGAGUAUAAUGUAUCGAAAGUUUUCAGUCAUCCCUCUUACAACGCCAAUACUUUGCAAUACGAUAUAAUGGUUCUAAGGUUAUCUUCUUCUGUGCCUCUGACGCCAAUGACGGGUUCAACGACUACAAUCAACAGAGCGUGUCUACCUCCAUCCUCGACUUCAACUUACACAGGACUUACAUGCUGGGUAUCAGGAUGGGGAAAAGAUAUGUUUGGAUUACAAGGACAGUACCAAAACAUAUUAAAGAAAGUGGAUGUACCUAUAAUAGCACCAGCAACUUGCCAGAGUCAGUUACAAGCAGCUCGUCUUGGGCCCACUUACGGUGACGGAGGAUCAGGUUUAGUCUGUUCAAUUAAUGGGCAAUGGAUUGUAGUAGGUUUAGUUUCGUGGGGUCUAGGCUGUGCUUCUGCUAAUGUACCAGCGGCUUACGUGAAUGUUGCUGCCCUACUACCUUGGAUACAACAGCAAGUGGCCACUGCAUAG